AUCUUUACGAAGAGUUCCGAAAACAUCACGAACACGAAACACACCUGACGGACAUAGAGCGAAGGAGAGAUUGUGGGUUUCUCUUGUGAUUUGGUUAGUAUGAGCUGGAAUCCAUUCAAGAAGGCAAAGCCGUCAGUAAAACAAACAGGUGACAGAGAAUUUGAGAGGGAAGUGGCAAGAUUUAACCAAUUAGAGGGAGCAACAAAGAAAAUUUACAAGGACACAAGAAAAUAUGGCGAUGCUCUUUCAGCCCUGUCAAAAUCUGAGCUACGGAUUUACCAGGAUCUUGCAGCAAGUCCAGUUUCUCAGGAAGAACUGUUUGGGGAACCUGUUCAAGAGUGCACAGCCUGUGCAGAAAAGCUAGAUGAGCUAAGACAAGAACUGGCAGUUAGAAAUCAGAAGACUAUAACAGAUCCAAUGAAAAAGUUUAGCGGAGUGUUCCCAAGUGUGAAUGCAGCAAUAAAGAGACGGGAUCAAGCCCUUCAGGAUUAUCAGAAAUAUCAAGCUAAAGUGCUGAAGCUACAAGACAGAGAAAAAACUCCACAGACUCAAGCUAAACUGGAUGCGAAUAAUCAAGCAUUAGCAGCGGCCAAACUGGAUUAUGAAAGACAAAACGCCGUCAUGUUGGAGGAUCUACCACAACUGAUUGAUGGUAGGACAGAUUACUUUGAACCCUCAUUUGAAGCCAUGAUCCGAUCAGGGGCAAGUUAUUACAGUCAGGCUUCGCAAGUCCUUUGCGACCUCACAAACAAACUGGGCUGGAAGAACGAAGAACUCUCCGACGAGGAUCGUCAGCAGCAACUCCAGCAGAAACUAGCUGAGAUAAAAUCGCUGUCCAUAGUGGAAGAUGGUUGAAAAUUUAAAACGAAGUGAAGAAAGAAUAUGCAAACGAAUGUGCGGACUGGAGGACGUGCCGGGUCAAGGAUAAAGCUAUAUACCGAGGAAACGGAACUGGUUUGGUUCGUCAGCAAACCUUAUUGUCUUAUCCAGAUGUAAAGACAUCUCGCGCUAGACUGAUGAUAAUUACCGUCCCGUCACUGAAAACAGUUCUUUUUUUCUGGUUUACUCACAUCUGGACAACCAGACCACUUGAUAAAGAACACAUAUAGUGAAUAAAUGUAAAUAAUGACCUUAAGAGGAAGAAGAAGAAGAUUUUCCUC